AUCUAACCUUGAGUUGUGUGAGUGUGAUGGGAAGUGUUUCAUCGAAAUGCAUUGCAAUUAGCACAAUUGCCUUUCACUUGCACUAAUUACGUCACCUAGUGGUGAAAACAUCUCUCAUUUCCUCAUUCAUAACCUUAAAUAUGUCUCUGACGUUGUUACUCACUCCCGUGUUUGUAAAUAAGUACCAAAUCGAGAUGAAUUUUCACGGACAACUCGUCGAGUUGUAAUCAGGCACUGAUACUCCCAAAAUCAUGUAACCACCCUCUGCCAUGAGCGGCCAAGACCUCCAGGAGCACUCAUACGUGAAAGUGCUCUACGACUUUCAGUACAAAACCGCAGAGGGUCGUGAGAUAGCCAUAAAGAAAAAUGAGCGGCUGUACCUUCUCCAGAAGACGAAUGCAGACUGGUGGCAGGUGGUGCGAACAUGGGAGCAGCGCUCCUUCUACGUCCCGGCGACCUACGUUCGAGAAAUAUCAAAAACAUCGCGGAAGAACUCGGACGAGGAGCGAGACAGCAGCUUUGAGCCACCAGACCAUCCAAAAUACAAGAGUAUGCCAAAGGAGAGUCACUCAAGUGCCAUGAAGAACGUUAAAAAAUGGCUGGUGAACGCAAUGGAUACCAAGCAAGAAUCUUCCAAGCAUUCCUUCACAGACGACUCCUACAAGCACAACGCAAUGGACUACCAAUCCCGUGCUGAGUUGAAGGUCGGUUUAGCAGCUAUAAAAUCAAAAUCCCUGGAGCGAGACAGAAAAUACGGCCAGAGUGUCGAGGAGUCCUCGGACUCUCCGAGGGAGCGAAAGCAGUCGAGAGAGGGUUUGAAGAAGCUUCCAGAGGAGAGUGAUACGGCAAAACCACUGACAAAAAGCUUCUCAACGAGUCCAAAAUCCUUCGACAUUCCUUCCAGGAUGGAGAUGUCCCUCCAGGAUCCCUUUCGCAAGGAGCUCAAGAGCUCCCUAGACCGGAGGCGAAAAAUAUCCGAUAACACAGACUACGAUAAACUGAUAAGUCAAAAUAAGGAGGAGACGAAGAACCGGAGAAUUCGAACUCGAUCGUCACGAUCAGACGACUCCCAGAUCGACAGCGAUUACGACGAUAAAUUUGAUCGCAGGAAAUUCGAGAAGGCCCACAACAUCGAGGAAUCAGUGAGUAAAAAUAGGAGCAGUAGAAGUCUGGAGCUGGAGGCCCAUCAGUUCCAGAGGACCGAGAGGAGCCUCAGCCCGAAGCCAACGUAUGGUAGGCAGCUGACGAUAGCUGGACACAUACCCUCUGACAACGAUGACGACGAUCACAGAAUUCUCAACGAUAAACGACGGACCUGGGCUGUCGAGGAGCUCAUGUCAGAGCUGACGCAGAUGUGCAAGGAGAGGGGAAGCAACAAAAAGCCGAAUAUUCAGAUCAAGAGUACGGAGAUAAAAGGUUUCGAUCCUCUUGACAAAUUGACACAAGAACUCCACGAAAUGAAUCUCCUAAAGUCCGAGGGCCACACACCGACUACACCGGGUGAUUUCAAGUCCAGCUCACCGAUGAAUAUCUGCAAGAUCUCCAUCAAUUCAGAGGAGACCAGCCCCGAGCAGAGGGGGAGGGCUCCCCUCGAGGACGACGAAAACUCCAAUAUAUCGGAGACAUCGGAUAUCUCGACUGAGAACUCACAAUCGAAAGCACAAUCGAGGCAGAGGAGAAAAUCACCGAAGUCGGCCUUCACGUUCAAGAAAACCGAGGGAAUAGUCUCGACGAAGCCCCUGCGUUCACCAAAAUCCCCGAAGAUACUGGACGAGUACAAUGAGGCGAAUAUUCUCAACGACGUAUCCCCGGAUGAGUUGAUCGAUGACGUUCAAUCGUUAUCUCGCGAUAAGCCAGUAUCGAGUCACUAUCCAGAGACGAUUCACUCGAGUCCCGAUGCCCUAGAGAAGCCAUGCUAUUCGAACAUCAAAUCCCAGGGCUCCGACAAAGUUAAGAUGCGGCCAAAGUUGAAGAUUAAACAGAUGGAAAUCGGAAGUGAAUUGAAGUUGACACCGUCACUGGAGAAAUUGGCGAGUGAGAUUAAAUUUCAACCGGCUAAACGUAGUGGUGAUAUCGGUGAGACAAAAAUCAGUGAGAGUUUGAGUGACGAGGGACACUACGAUGACAGUGGUAUACAGGAGGGUAUAGACAAGUCUGAUGACUCCUGGAGUCGACUCGAUCCACCAGAGCCACCGAGGGAUUACGCAAAAUUUCGCCACAAGCUCGAGUACACUGGGAGCUUCAAGACGAAACGAGAGGGGAAGUACUUUCGUCGACGAGAGGAGGACUCUGACGAUGAUGACGAGGGGAGUUGGAAGAGGGGAUUGAAGAAGAGCUCGACGAUGCACUGUGCGACGAUACCAGAUGCCUAUCGUCGAUUCAGGAGAGACAAUGAUUUUAAAUCGUUGAUGUUGAUGUCGAGUAAGCGGAGGAGUAGGAGCCUGGGGGAUUUGAACUGCCUGGAGGAGGAUGAGGACGAUCAACCGGAGGUGUUCAGCCCCGAGAAGUUGCCUGUUAGCAAACCUGUCCCUCUGCCGAGGACCAAACUGCCAGCGAAGCUGGACAAGCUCGAGGGGAGGGUUGUGCCACUUCCGAGGAGGAUUCACAAGCGUGAGGAGGGUUUCUCCGAGGAUGAUGUGUGGGUGCCCAGGGCUGACAUCUACAGAAAUACCAGGAUUCGACCUGGGGAUAUUAACAUCGAGUCCAGCACUGCUGUUGGGUUUAAAACGCUUCUGUGCACGUCUGACAGUGGAUCUGAUAAUUGUUUGCAAUCGAAAGAUCUGUUGUCCAGCAAUGAUGGACUGGAUCACUGUCGGGGUGACAGGGGGGGAAGGAAGAUGAGUACUGGAAGGAAGGAGGGAGACAGGGGGAAGAUCAGGGAGGUGGAUGAACAGGUGCUGAGCUCCAAUGCCAGCUCGGAGGCACUGCAGAGCCAGUCGGAGUCGGAGGUCACUGCGGCUUUUGAAGGAUCUUCACAGCCUAGUCCUGUACAUCGGGAGGCCGAGGAGGGGUAUGAGUGUGCCAUCGACCUCCCUCCAGGGUGGACCCAGAAGUUUGAUGAUAUCACUGAGCAGAUCUGCUUUGUUAAUGAGGCUGGGGAUAGGUGGUUUUCGUCGAACGAUGCAGAAGGUAAAAUAUACUUUUUCGAGGAGAACAGCAACGAAUCAUCCUGGCUACUCCCUACGAUAUCCCCUGGAAAGUCCCUCCCGAAGGCAGUCCACCAGAGUGAAGAGAAGCUCGAUAGAACGAGUACAUCAACAAACGAUGUAUCCCUGACAAAAAAUACAUCGAGCACGUCACUUCCAGCGAGCCAGAGCCUGACGAAUCGUGAUCUACCAUCGAAAAAAUCAGGAACGUCCCUGAAUGACUGGCCCCAGUUAUUCGAUGGCAACAUGAGAGUACUCAAGGAGGGAGUGAUAAGCCGAACUAAAAUAACGGAAAAUGGAAAGAAAUUGAGAAAGAACUGGAGCACCUCGUACGCUGUUCUGACAGAAUUAUUUUUAUUAUUUUUCAAAGACGCCAAGACAUUCACAACUGUGAUGAAGAGUGGCCAAUCAUCGGUGGUGGCCAAGCCCGAUAUAUCUGUUGAUCUUAAUGGGGCGUUAAUUGAACCCGGAGAGAGAGCCAGUAGUAGGAAAAAUGUGUACAUGAUUAGCACUGUACUCGGACUCCAAGUGCUCAUUCAGAGUGAUAACACUUCAUUGGCGGCUGAAUGGUUCCAGGAGAUUCAUGGAGUUAUAAGGAAAUUGCCAUCGAGUUCUCAAUCCCAAGCGAAACCCUUCGCCGGUCCAGCGCCAGAAAUGCGCAAAACUAGUAACAGUAAAUCUCCGGGGGAUUCCAAGGCUUCAGAAGAAUCGAAACGUUCGUCGAAGAUCGCGCGAUCGAAAUCGAUGAAGAUGAAGGGACUGGACGAUUCCCUGGAGGAUCUCAGUGGCACCGAGAGACAGACGAAAAUCAAGGCAAAGCUACGGAGAUUUUUCCUGAGACGUCCCACUGUCGAAUCUCUAGUUAAAAAUGGAAUUUAUAAAGAUGAGCCAGCAUUUGGUUCAUAUCUCGCCGAUGUAUGCCCCCCCGAGCAUCCCCGUGUUCCUGUAUUCGUUAAAACCUGCAUCGAAGUCCUGGAGAGUAACGAGGACAACAUGAAGACUGAUGGAUUAUACCGUGCAAGUGGCAACUUGAGUCAAAUUCAAAAAAUUCGCCUCCAAGUUGAUCAGUACAAACUCAGUGUUCUAUCCCAGGAGGAGGAUGUCCACGUACUCACAGGUGCCCUUAAAUUAUUCUUUCGUGAAUUGAAAGAGCCCCUAAUACCGUCGAGUUUUUUCAAAGAGGCAUUAAACGCCAGUAUGCUUAAGAAAACAUCAGCCAAAAUUCAAUCCUUUCGAGAGAUUGUUAAAGCUUUACCACCACCCAAUUACGAUACACUACAAUUUUUAUUGAAACAUCUGCUGAAAGUCACGUCUUAUCAGGAGUACAACAGAAUGCAUAUACCAAAUUUGGCUAUUGUAUUUGGUCCAACGCUUAUGUGGCCAGCUGAGGAGAGUGCAAACAUGGCUUUAGAUCUUAUGCAACAGAAUUUAGUUAUCGAAUGCCUUUUGUCCGAGUACAAUAAGAUAUUCAAAUAGAUUUAAAAAAAAAAACAAUUUAACGAAAUAAAUGAAAUUAUUUAUUUUUAGAUGAUUGCCGGUUGAUUGAACGUGAAAGUAUGAUUAACUCAUUCAUUCGGUUGACUUUUUUUGCAUUGAGAGGAGCAGAGAAAUUUUUUUUUUUUUUUGAAAAAAUACUCCCAGAGGUUGUGCUUUGAAAAUUACUCAGAAAUACGUUUCAUUAUUUUUUUCACAAUUCUGUGUCGAUUGUGAGCCACAUUUGAGGGAUUAUAAUUAUUAUUAAGCGUUGGGAAAAUAUAUUUUCGAGAUUUUACACGUGAAAUUGAAUUAUAUACGUGGGUUGAGGGAUUUCUCUGCUCCCCUGGGUCGGAAAUUUAUAAUUUAUUUCAUUUAUUUAAUUAAAAUCAUUCCAAUUCAACGCUAGAAGUCCCUAUACUGAGUGUUGCCGGAGAGCCAAGUAUUUUUUUAGAUUAACGAUUUAAUAACGAGAAUUAUGAUAACUCGAAUGGAAGUUAUUAACUAACGAAUUGCUAAAUUCGUUAAAAUUCCGCGUAUUCCUUAUUUUAUUAUUGGAAUUCCUGCGAAACCUACAAAAAUGAAAACUUGUGCACAAAAAUUAUGAAACUAAUUUUUUAAACUAAGGGAGGAGGAGAAAAAUUGAUAUAUUUGAAGAAAUGUGAAUACACGUUAACAACUCGAUUGUAAUUUAUGUAAAUAUCCGAUUGAAAAAUAUUUUAUCGAUAAAUCAUCAAACUCUUGGACAGGUGAGACGUAAAUUUUAAUUGAUAUGUCACUAAGCAUCAUAUUUAGAGAUUAUUUUUCUCGUUAUCGUGAGAAAUGAAGGGCCCGAUGGAAUUUUUCUGUGCCUGAAUACACAUUCCCAAUUGCUAUCGUCGAAAUACUGUUCAAGGGUUUCGAUUAUUAAUGAGAAUACCACGCACGUUUAUUCGUAUCUAACAUGUUCUUCAUACUGCAACAAAUCGAUAAUCACUUGAAAUUAUUCAUACGUUUUUUUCAAACUACUUUUCAAAUUGGAACCAAAAACAAAAAUCAGAGGAAACCAUAGGAAAUGUAGGAGAAUGUUAUCUGAAGAUUUAGGGUCCGAGAGAGAUUGAUUAUGAGAGAUUAAUCAGUAGAAAAGUGAUGAAAUGAUAAUUUAUGUUAAUUAUUUCUAUUCUCCGGUUGUCGAGGAUUUUAUUUGAAAUUUCAUUCAGGUAAAAAAAUUUUUUACAACAAAGUAAGGGUCUCUAUUCAUAGCUGAAGUAUUCAAAAUUAUCACGAGACAUUCCACAAAAUUUCAAUUGAUUUCUGUCAGUUCUGAAGUAAUAAAAUUUCUAGUUCUGAUAAUGACUGCAUAAUUAUGAAUAGUUUCACCACUCGACUACUGAAAUAAUUGAUUUAUCACUGUUACUGUUAGUGCCAUGGCAGAUGCCAUUGGUUAAAGUUUUGAGAUGUAAUAUUUUAAUGAAUUUCAACGCGUCCAUAAAUAGUUAACUGACGUUGAUGAUUAUUAAUACUUGAAUUCUUUAAUUAAUUCUCAGAUAAAUUAAUGAACGAAAUUCCGCUGAAUUCUAUGAUUGAUUGAUGUCGUAUUCAAGAGAAUAAAAUUGAUAACAACGUUCUUCAAGUGAAUCCUGAUGUUAGAGAUAAUGAAUAGUUGCCUUAGUGGUUGUUUCAGCAUUAAAAAAAAUUUAUUCCGGAUCAGUGUAGAAACUGUGAAUAUCUUCACAUUUAUUGUAACAAAGAGAAAAAUUAUUGAGAUGUUCUUAUAUAUCGGUUCGACAGAGUGGAAAAAUUUAUUGCAAUGUUCGAUAAAUCGUGAGCUAUAUUUAUUUUUAUAAAGGAUUAUAUCGUCGCUGGGAUUGGAAAGAUCAAGAGAGAUGGACAGGGGUGACGAUGGAAUAAUGAUGGAUCGACAAUUUAUCGAAUCCAGUUGAAAACAAUCCUAUGAUAUUUUAUUUCUAUCGAUUCUCUCAUGCAUGUCUAGACGAAGGAAAAUAGGUGUUUUAAAGUGAAUAAAAAUAAUUCUCAUUUCGCUUCUAACACUUCCAUUCCAGUGUAACGAGGAAUUACUGAAAUUUCAUGAGUGUAUUUCUUAAAAACCGGAAGUGUGAUAGAUCGUUUCAUUAGCACAUGAAUCAGUGGUAUUCGAUCCAGUUUUAGGUUUUCAAUUUGUCGGAGAAUAUUUAAAAAAAUUAUCAACGUUUUAGAGAUAAGACUGUCGAUUUAAUAUGUGAGCAACUUCCAACAAAAUGUGUGGCAAGUAUUAGAUGAAUAACGAAACAAAUAAAUGAUAAAGUAAUUUCCCAUAGCUUCCAUUAGUUUUUGGGUUUAAAAAGAAUCAAUGGAAUACGAGAAGAUUAAAUAACUGUAAUCGUUGAAUUCGUGCUUGAGAGUUUAAACGUGCAAUCAAACCAGAUGAAAAUCCAUAAUAAAUAUAAAUUUAAAUGAAUAAUUGAAGAUACGAUGAAUCAGAUUUUAUAAAUAUGUAUCAUUAGAAUGAAAAAUAUCAAUUAUUUUUAUUGAAAAUUUUACUUACGUUCUUUGUUUCACGGUUUGAGGUGAGAUUUGUUAGUUAAUUGAAUGCGUUAUAUUUUGUAUUGAUUAAAAAACUUUGUACCAAGAAAUAUUUUUGUCCUUUUUUUUAAAUCCAUUUUUUUCAGAUUGUUUUUGAAUUGUAUUGUGUUAAGAUGUAGUGUUUUCAUUGUACAUGACCAGUGUGCAGUACAUACUCAGAAUAAAAGUUAUAUUUAUUGUUAUUAAAGAUAAACAA